AGACAAUAUAUGACAUGUAACUCUCAGAAUGGUAAACCUAGAGUAAAUGUGGAUAUUGUAUCAAGAGAUGAAACUUGGCAGCAGUGGAGUAACCCUAGCAGUUAUAUAUUCCGAGAUGUUAUAGCAACUGAUAACGGCUCUUCAUAUAACUGUAGGAUGACCUCCAGUGGAUCAAGGUUAUCUGGUAUGGAACGAACUUGCACCAUUGGUCCAAUGACUGUGGUUCCUAUGACAACACCAUCAAUCACAACAACCCAACCAACAACAGAGCAUCCUGAUGCAUCUAUUAAUAGUACAGCAGCAUCACAACAACCAACGUCUUUGGAAAUUGCAACAGCAUCUAAAGAAGGCGCUGAUGGGGCCCCCUCAUCCAUAUCUGCCCUCCCUUGGAUUGUCGCAUUCCUGGUCACUCUUCUGCUGCUUGUUAUCUUGGUCAUCAUCAACAUCAUCUUCAUUGUCAAGCAUCUGCAAAAAUCUAAGAGCAAGGAAACGGUUCAAACCAACACAGUGAAGACCGGCAGUGCCGAGGAACAGUUUAAAGGUGACAAGGUACAGUUUAAAGGUGACAAAGCAUUUUACAAGGUCCCGACAUCCAAAGAGACUUUACAAGAUCAAUACUGUAGACAAAAAGUGAAAAACGGUAGUAAAGUAUCAGAGGAAGAUGUCUCAGUCUAUGAAGUGGCAACAAAAUUACAGAGACCUGUUUAUCAGAAUGUAAAGUUUUGAUAUGAAAAACCGGAUUGAAUGUAUCAUGGUUUCA